GGGCUAUUUUGUCCCCACGAAACCCUAUUCCCCGCCACCCGUCGUCUUCCUCCUCCUCCUCCCCGGUUCGCCGGCGACGCCCUCACCACCGGUGGCCGGUGGGCGGUGGCGCCAACCCCCAUCCAUGGACCCUCCACGGAGGCAACGCCGCGUGUCUAGGAGGGCUCGGAUGGCCCCGCCCCCUCUGCACGUCGAACUGCCCUUCAUGGAUCGGCAAAUACUAGUCUCACGCAAUUCUCGCGGGUAUUUCGCCUUGGGAUACAGUCUUCCCGGCGAGCCGUUCCCAAGCUUGCAUGAGCUCUUGGGCGCAAUCUAUGACCACUAUCACCCCCAGAGGGAGUCCCGUGAUCCAGCCCCGCCGCCCCUGCUUCCACAGUGUGAGGAGCAUGUUGAAGGCAAUACUCAGCUUUCAUUAGAACAAACGCUUGAAGAACCAGAAGUUGCAACCAUGGAGGAGUCGCCUGAACCUACAACAUUAGGAGAUCCAUUUACUGCUACUACCUCUUCCUUACCAUCCGCACCACAUGGCACUAGCGAGGUCUCACCAUCAUCAAGGCUCCGCCAUCACACUUCUCCUGAAUCAACCAUUUGGACAAGAGACCCUGCUGACUGGCCAUGGAUAUAUCACAUUAGGAUGGAUCGUGGAGGAUCUUUUCACACAUAUCCUGCUCUAGAUGGACCAUUUCUGAACUUAUAUGAAGCUGAGGAUGCUAUCAAUCGUCAUCUUGAGAGCCUGAAGUGUCCAAUGUUCAAGGAGCAAGAUGGAGUUUCUCCUGUGGAGAGGAUGAUACAAAAAUCACUUUAUUGGCCUGAUGGUACUAGAAAGAAAUAUUCCAGAUCACAAGCUAGUCAAAACGUUGAUAAGAGAAGACGUCAAAUGGUUCAAGUGCUAUUAGACAAGUAUAAUGAUGAUCAUGACCUUGUUGAGGAUCUUGCUUAUGAGCUUCAAGAUGUUGUUCACUAUCAAUUGAUUGUUGAGGGAAUUAAGUGGUUCAAUCACUUCAAUUUCACAGCAAAGACCAGUGGAGCUGAUAUUGACAAUUUAUUUUUUGCUGAAGUGAUGUCUUCGCAAGGGGAGGAAGAUUGGGUAGUGACUUGUUGCUGCUUGAUUAAAUCUGCUGAUAAUGGUAUCUGCUAUGGUUGCAAGAACGAUCGAAAUCUGGAUAUGAAGCACCCAAAUGAUAGCGAUACAUAUGUGGGCGGUCACAAGGACAUAGUUAUGCCAUUUGAAACUGAAAAUUGGACUGAAUCUGAAUCUGAUGAUGAUGAGGAUGAGGAAGAGGAAGUGAAGGCGAGUAGGAUAAGAAGGAUGAUUGAGGGUCUUGAUGAUUCAGAUGAACCAGAAGAUAUUUUUGAUCCAGUUUUCAAGCCAUGAGUUGGAACUGCAUCUUUACAUUUCUACACUAUUAACCUAUCUUAAGUUUAUUUAAACAUAAAUUUUGAGUUUCAAAUUUUAGAAUAGAGUAACGGAAUGUAAAUUCUCAUGUAUGCGUUGACAUAUAACCUUACACCUCGUCGUCCAUUUCUGCCUACCGUGGCUUUGGUUCUUAAUGGAUGGUCGUAAUGGUGUAGUGUUUUAUUUGAAAUGUUUUUUUUCUUGGACA